GCCAAGGUGCCAGGCUGACAGACAACUAUCCUCCAUUCCUUACUGUGCCUUUGUCAAUUGUACUGUACCUAAUAUCACCAAUGGGCAGCAAGCCGUAUCGGAAAUAUCUUUCCAGCAAACAGCUAACUAUUCAUGCAGUGCUCAUCAUGUGUUAGUUGGAGAUGCACAGCCAACAUGCCAGGCUAAUCGCACGUUGACUUCCAGACCCAUAUGCAAAGCUGUGACCUGCCAGGUACCAACUAUCAGCAACGGGACAUCUAGCCAAACAGGGAUGAUCAGAUAUCAAGAAUCGGUAACCUACACCUGCAAUACUGGCUACACACUGAGUGGAGUGAACACAUCAACAUGUGCAGCUGAUGGGACUAUACUAUCACCCAGUUGUCUAGCUGUCAAUUGUACUGUACCUAAUAUCACAAAUGGGCAGCAAGCUGUAUCGGAAAUAUCUUUCCAGCAAACAGCUAACUAUUCAUGCAGUGCUCAUCAUGUGUUAGUUGGAGAUGCACAGCCAACAUGCCAGGCUAAUCGCACGUUGACUUCCAGACCCAUAUGCAAAGCUGUGACCUGCCAGGUACCAACUAUCAGCAACGGGACAUCUAGCCAAACAGGGAUGAUCAGAUAUCAAGAAUCGGUAACCUACACCUGCAAUACUGGCUACACACUGAGUGGAGUGAACACAUCAACAUGUGCAGCUGAUGGGACUAUACUAUCACCCAGUUGUCUAGCUGUCAAUUGUACUGUACCUAAUAUCACAAAUGGGCAGCAAGCUGUAUCGGAAAUAUCUUUCCAGCAAACAGCUAACUAUUCAUGCAGUGCUCAUCAUGUGUUAGUUGGAGAUGCACAGCCAACAUGCCAGGCUAAUCGCACGUUGACUUCAACACCCAUAUGCAAAGCAAUAACAGAUCCUCCAGAGCAGUGUGUUGCACCGGUUAAUCGAACCCUGGUCCUGGUCGGAGAACAGCCGCGCUUCAUCAAUGUCAGCUGCCAGUGUGCUGCCGUUCCUCUGCCUACCUAUGCCCGGUCGGAGCUUCUGGAAUUCGCCACGGACGGUGCAGUGUCGAGCGUGACAGGGGUCGCCGAUGUCUACACCAUUCCCGUACAGUUUAGCAGUAUCGGCCGCUACACUUGCGAGGCAGGCAAUGUCGUCUCCGCGCCCAACCAUUUCUUUUCCAGCUUCUACGUCAACGUCGUGGCCUUGCCACGUGUGGCCCUGAGCAGCAACAACGUGACUGCCAACAGUACACUGGAUGUGGUAUGCACCGUUUACAGCCGACCCAAGCUUGACAGCCUGGUGUGGCGCUACGGCAAUGGGAGCGUGAUCACCGAGGGCGGUCGCAUCAGCCUGGACAGGGGCAACGCGUCCGACGCCAUUCCCGGCUUUAGUGGAUACGAGCAGAACUACACGCUGAGCAUUUCCAAUGUAACCGUAGCCGACCGACUUGACACGUACCUGUGCGAGGCCAGCAAUGGAGUGCCGUACUCUCAAGAAGGAACUGACUACGUAGGUGACAGCCAGUACACCUCCACCGCCAUACUCACCAUCAACGUGCAAACGAGCGCUUUCGUCACCCGUGACCUUCCACCGGCCCGCACAUUCCCUCCAAGGGGUCAGGCUGAGCUGGAGUGCCAUGCUCGUGGUAACCCACUGCCGCAUGUCACCUGGUUUAGCACGGCCGAGUCUUUCUCCUCGGCGGCUCUUGUGAACACAACGUUUGACAGGGCAAUGCACACCACACGUAGUGUCCUGUUGCUGCCGAAUGUGUCGUUCAGCGAUGUCGGCCAGUAUCACUGCAUGUUCAGCAACCCGUUCAACACCGUCAACACGACCACCCUGUCUGCGUCCGUAUUGGAUAUCAAUGAAUGCCUGUCCAGUCCGUGUGCUAAUGGAGGCACGUGUACGUCACUCGUUGCCAGCUUUGAGUGCAGCUGUCCUCCUGCAUGGGCGGGUGAAACCUGUUCCAUUCCCACACGAGACUAUGAUGAAUGUAUAUCCAACCCAUGCCUGAACAACGCUACAUGCAUCGAUCAAGUGGGUGCAUUCCAAUGUCGCUGUAGAGCAGGUUUCACUGGUGAUAGAUGCCAGUCAUUGCUGGACUGCCCUGCUUUCCAGCGUCGCGACAGCGGCGGAAUCUUCUGCGAGCCGUGCGCGUGCGAUCAACUAGGCUCGGAGUCGUGUGACAUGACAAAUGGCACGUGCUACUGCAAGCCGAGCAUUACCAGUAGUGUGUGCGAUCGCUGCAUUGACAACUACUACCAGGCUACGGGCAAGGUGAGUGGCUGCGCUGCCUGCUCCUGCGACUCUGCACGCACUGUCGUCGGCAACACCAGCUGUGACGGCAGGACGGGCAUCUGCAACUGUCUGCCGAACUUCAGCGGCUUCAGAUGCCAGUACUGUUCGCUGGGCUUCUUUGAUCUGAGUGCCGGAUGCCCGGCGUGCAGCUGUUCCGCCGAGGGCUCACUGCAUGCUGUGUGCGACCAGGCAAACAAUGGCCAGUGCGCGUGCAAGCCCGGCAGCAGCGGAUUCGACUGUGCCCAGUGCCUGCCUGGAUUCUUCAAGCAGAACAGCACUUCCCAGUCGUGUGCUACGUCCAAAGACGGUCAGCCGUGUCAAGAUUGCCGUUGCUCUCCCGUUGGCUCUAAAAGCAGCCAGUGCAGCGUGACCAGCGGCGAAUGUUUGUGCCUACCUGGUUACACGGGACAGCGGUGUGAUGAGUGCACGGACGCCGCUCAAUACUACACCGAGCAAGCAGGCUGCCUAAACAUGAAUGAGUCUAUGCUGACACCGCUUGCGGAUACUCAGGUCAGCGGGGAUUCGUUCUCUUUCACCUACCCGGUGGUCUUUGGAUCCAGCUAUGCAGAGUACAGCAACGUUACGGUGUCGAGGAGCGGAUUCGUGUCGCUGGCCGGCUUCACGGGCGGUUACAACCGUGUUGACCGUGUGACUGACAGUAUUGCUCUGGUGGCACCGCUGUGGACUAACACUGCUACAGCCAGCCGUUGCAAUUCAGGUACGGUGACUAGCCAUGUUGUGAGCAACAGCACCGACGCAGCCACCUUCUCGCAGAUCCUUCAGGCAGUGAGGGCGUCCUCCAUUGGCAGUGAAGAGUUCACACCCAGCGAGGCGGUCGUCACGACCUGGCGUGAGAUGCGCGAGAAUGACACACACGACAGACGCAACACAUUCCAGGCAGCCAUCAUUGGUGACGAGUGUCAGACGUUCGCCCUGUUCUUCUACCCCAAGUAUGGUGUCAGCUGGCUGGGUAACCCCAAGGCUGUGGUGGCUGCAUGGCGUCCCGCAAAUGGCAACAUCGAGAGCCACUUCAGCCCAGCCAGCGUAGCACGUCAGCUAGUCAUCAGGCUAACACCGGGCUGCAGCCAGCGUCUGCGCGGCAUCAAUAAAUGCCGAGCCCUUGUGGAGACUCCGUCCUACCUCCAGUCCACCGCCAAUCUCCUCCAGUGCCCGGCAGAGCGUGCAACAACCUCUGUACUCGGCAUCUUUGAGCCACAGCCCGCAGUGUCUGGCAGCUAUCUCUGCUACAGGUCAACCCCGGUCUCCAAUGGAUCACGCUACCAGGCUUCUUCGGUCUGCUGCUAUGGCAGUGACGGACUUCUGGUUGAUAGUGGUGCCCUUCAGGCGUACGAAACAUACCAAGUCAUCGAUGCUUCCAUCCUGGCCUACUGCCAGCAGGGAGACGUUCUGAACGAGUUCUUUGGCAAGCGCCGCUCGCCCAGAGCAACCACAACCAGAGUGGCACUGUCUCAAGCUUCUGGAUUUGGUGACCCUCACUUGACCAACUUCAAAGGUGAGAACUUUGAUUUCCAUGGCAUUGGCGAGUACCUGAUGGCAAGGUUUGCAACACCAGCGGCGUACAAUUUCUCCGUUUUCACCAGGCUGGAAGUGGCCCCGGUUAAUGCUUUCAGCUUCACGUCUAUCACCCGCGUAGCCAUCAACCUCUGGAUCAGUAGGUUGCAGCAGACUCUGAGCGUGGAGGUGUUUGCAUACAGUAACAACACCCUUGCCAUUGUCGGAGAUGAUCAGCUGGUGCAGAGUAUCCACGCGGGCAACCAUACCUAUUUCAGACUGCACAGCGGCAGUCUUGUGACGUCGUACGGCUCAAGCAGUGUGCAAGUCUCCGUUCAGCAAGCACCUGUCCUCUUCUUGGCCUUCCAAGUGGCGCAUGAUCCCUUCUCCACCGUGGACGGUCUUCUCAACAUGUCUCGUCCCAGCGUUGAUCUGAGCAACUCGGCAAGUGUACUGGCUGCAGCGGCAACUCUGCAAGUUCAGCCACACCAAUAUGUGUUCACCUACGAUGACAGCACCAACUACGCAACAUACAAUCCAGCUGGCGUUGUGCCCAACCAGGCUGUUGUCAACGUGCUGAACAUCAGCAGCGAGGCAAACGCCACUUGCGAUGGAGACUUCGCUUGCCUGGCCGACUUCAUUGCAACUGGCAGCACCACACUGGCCGCAUCUACCCUCGCGACGGAGAAAGCUCUUCAGCAAUCCUCCAUUGCCGUGGCUCGCAGUCCACCACUGAUAACAUUGUCUACUGAUGUCCUCAAUGCUAACUUCAAUGUAACCAGCAACGUGACUGUUCAUGCUGCUGCUACGCUCACUCUUAAAAUCUCGGUUAUCGAAGUGGCCACCUCCAGCGGAAUUGUCCCUGGUGAUCUGGUGUCGGCCUACUCCCCGCAGUCUGGAUUGGUGCUUAGCUGGACUCCCAGCCAGCGCCAGCCGAGCAGCAGUAUUGUGCUACGCGUGCGUGCCGUUGACUCGGCCAACCAGACUUCCAUCGUCACCGUGCCAAUCACCCUCUGCAGCUGCUUUGGAGAGUGCAGCGCAGCACCAGCCAGCACUGCUGUCUCAACAGCCUUCACUCUACUUACAUGUACUGCAUGCUUGCCAGGUCAAACUGGCCGUAUUUGCGAGAGCGACAUCGACGCUUGCCUGUUGCAGCCCUGCGGUGGACUGCGGCAAUGCUCGGACGAGCCCGCCCCAUCGCUGGGCUACCGAUGCGGAGCAUGCGCAAGCGGUUUCCGCGACGGCGGUUCUUCAAACUUGUCCUGUGUGCAAAUGGACGAGUGCGCGGAAGGUGUUGCGGUGUGCGCACCCACAAUCAGCACUUGCCAGGAUCAGCUUGCCUCCUAUCACUGUCCUUGUGCAGUGGGCUAUACUGGUACUGGAAACAACAGCUGUGUCGAUGUCGACGAGUGUCAAGAUGCUCAGUUGAAUGACUGUGACCAUACAUAUGCAACCUGCACCAACACCAGAGGAAGCUAUACGUGUGGUUGUAAGCGUGGAUUCCAGGGACCGGGUAUUAGCGCACAUGGAGGUUGCCAUGGCCAAGGAUCCAGCAAAAACAUCAUAUCAGAUAGGUCGCUCGAGAUACUCUUAGAUAUGAUAACACAGUAG